ACUAAAGAAGUAAACAUGGAAACACUUUAAUUGUAGUCACGCUACCAUCACUUUACGAGGGGCUAUUGGCACAGGGUCUCCCCUCCUUGAUCAAAAAAAAAAAAAAUCAUUAAAAACUGCUUACAGAUGAUGAAGAAGUUGAAGAAUUGCAGAAAUGGAAAUAAUGAAACCAUGCUGAUGAAUGAUGGCGAUGAAGAUGGGAAAAAAGGAGGGAAAAUGGCAGCCGAGAAUUAUUAUUCCAAGGAUUUCGAAUGGGAGCAACUGAAGCUAGACGUGGAGAACGACCCGUCUCUUCUCCAUCAUCACUUGGCCCCUAACCCUAACCCAGCCAUCGGAAACCAGGAGGAUCUUCAUCAUCAUCCUUCUUCUUCUCCUUCUGCUUCUCCAGAAGACGAUUCUGAAGCCUGGAAUAAGUUCCACACCCGUCAUUCUACAGGCAGAUUCUUUAAGGAGAGGCGUUAUUUGCUCAAGGAGUUCCCUGAAUUAGCCUCUUGUAAUGAGGGCUCUGUUGUCUUGGAAGUGGGAUGUGGGAAUGGUAGUACUGUCCUCCCAAUUUUACGUGGGAACCAGAGCAUCGUUCUUUAUGCAUGUGAUUGUAGCUGCGAAGCUGUUGAGAGGACUAAGGAGAACAUAAUUGCUGCUAAUUUGGCAUCAGCAGAACAUCGCUUCAACUUGUUCCAAUGGGACUUUUCUUCAAGCAUGUGUCCUCAGUGGUUGAUCUGUAGUUCUUGUCGGGAAAAUUCUAUAGUUAAACAACGUGCUUUGCCUUCAGAUUCAAAUAGUGCUGGGAAGAUAUAUUCCCCUAAUCCGUCACGCUUGGUGGGAAAACCGUGUUGCAUUGGUGGCGUAGAUUUUCUUACCUUAGUAUGUGCAGUGCAGUUUAUUUUUAUUGUUCAAUUAAGUUAAGUACUUUAGAGGCAUGUUUGGAUGGAGGACCAUGGUGGGAAAUUGUUUUGACUUUUGAGGACCUUAGUGUAUAUCUUGAUGAAUAGAUAUUUCUAAACAUGUUCAAAAGAUGAUUGAAAUGGUGAUACUACUAAUACGGUUACAUAUCAUGUCAUAUUGUCAAUCUUUCAAUUAUUACAGAGUAUAACAUUUAAAACAAAUCUACACCACCAAUGCAAAACCAUCUAUCCAAGCAGGCCCUUAAGGAAAUUCCACAUAUUUUUUGUUGAUAUUUUCACUCUUCAAUCUAACAUGCAGAUAUUCACUCUAUCAGCACUGCCUAUGCAUAGGAUGCGAAUGGCAAUCCGCGAGUGUUUUUAUGCUUUGAGGCAAGGAGGAUUGCUGUUAUUUAGAGAUUAUGGGCUCUACGAUAUGACCAUGCUCCGGUUCGAGCCAGAACAAAGAGUGGGAUUCAGGGAAUACAUGCGGUCCGAUGGAACUCGGUCUUAUUUCUUUUGUCUUGACAGUGUGAGGGAUUUGUUUUGCAGUGUUGGCUUCACUGAGGUCGAGCUCGAGUAUUGCUGUGUUACGUCUGUGAAUCGAAGGAAUGGAAAGAGGAUGAAGAGAGUGUGGGUUCAUGGCAAGUUUGGGAGGCCCUAACUAGGAUUCUUGUAUGGGUCCUAAUCUGAGUUUUUUUUGCCUCAAAUUGAAUGAAAAAUAAUGCGAAUGCAUUUGAUAUAUUAUAACGUCGAUCAAUUUAUAGGAUAUAUGAUUUGUGCAAAAAAUGACAUUUUAAUAU